UUUACAUUCUGAGAGCCACUCCUCUCCCUCUCUCUCCACAGACAAAAAUGGCGAAACCAAAACCAUCUCUCCCCUUCUCCUUCUUCCUCCUCUUCCUCCUGCUCUCCCUAACCAUCACCCCAUCACAAUCCUUCGUCCCCAACCACCCCAUACCAGCCCCCACCAGCUUCAUCGUCUCCUCCUGCCGCGCCACCCGCUAUCCGGCCCUCUGCGUCCACUGCCUCGCCGCCUAUGGCGGUGCCAUCCAGCGGAGCGACCACCACCUCGCCCAGGCCGCCCUUAUCGUCAGCCUCGCCCGGGCCCGCUCCGCCGCCUCCUUCGUCGCCAAGCUGUCCCAAGCUCGCCGCAUCAAGCUCCGCGAGCUCCGGGCCGUGAGGGACUGUGUCGAGAACAUGGGCGACUCCGUGGACGGUCUCGCCGAUUCGGUGAGGGAGCUCGGGCGCUCGGGUCGUGACGUGGGCCGGGACUUCACGUGGCACAUGAGCAACGUGGAGACGUGGGUGAGCGCCGCGCUGACGGACGAGAACACGUGCAUGAAUGGGUUCGGGGGUCGGGCCAUGGACGGGGCUGUGAAGGUGGCGGUGAGGCAGAGGGUCGUAGAUGUUGCUCAGGUGACGAGCAACGCACUCGCUCUCGUGAACCGGUUUGCUUCCAGACAUCGGCCGGUCACGGUGGCGGCGGGAGAGCCUUGAAUGAAGCAAGAGAAUAGGUUUUACCUUGUACUUCGUUUUUCCUUUCGUUCUU